UUCAGGGAGGGGCAGAAAAGCAGAAGUUAGACUCAUUCAUACAACAGAAAGGGCUUGGCUGUUCACUAGCAAGUAUUGCACUUCACUCCUUUGUACCUGCUCUGUGGCGUAUUUGCAAUCAAGCCAGGAAGGUCAGAAAUCUAUGCCGUGGAUGUGCCCUUAACUAUCAUCACAGUCAAUGCUGAAAUUUCCAAGUCAUGAGGAUCUGGGACAUGAGGACAUGAAGAUCUGCCUCAUGGGCAGAUAAACAAGCAAAAGCAGUUAUCUUCUUACAAGUCUUCAUUCCUUCUGGAGAUUUAUAAAAUGGCUUCCAUCGCAACAGAAAAUGUUACUCAACUUCACAACAUUAUGACCACCCAGGAGCUCAGAACCAGUCUGGCAGAUUUCCACAAUACUUCAGGAGUGUAUCAAAGGAAUGGAUCUGGAUGCAUCGAUUCAGAUGCGUGGAACUGGCUAUACACGUUUCAGCCUGGAUUCCUCUGGUUUAUAUUUGUGCUGGGAGCAAUAGAAAAUGGCUUUGUCCUCAGCGUCCUGUGUUUCCACAAGAGUCACUGCACAGUGGCUGAAAUUUAUUUAGCAAACAUGGCACUUGCUGACCUAAUGUUAGUCUGUGUUUUGCCUUUCUGGGCCAUUAAUAUUUCUAAUAAGUUUGAAUGGCCUUUUGGCCUAUUCCUCUGUAAAGCCGUCAACACAAUUAGUUACAUGAACUUUUAUUCUAGCAUUUAUUUUCUGACACUAGUAAGCAUCGACCGCUAUCUGGCCUUGGUGAAAACCAUGUCUCUUGGACGGAUGCGACGAACCACCUGCGCCAAAUGGAAUUGCUUCAUAGUCUGGAUGUGUGCAUUGCUCAUGUGUUCGCCUACAAUAAUGUUCCGAAAUUUAAAGUAUUUCCCAGAAUACAACAUCACGGCCUGUUCUCUUGAGUAUCCAUCCACCUACUGGCACCCUGCAAACAACUGCUUGCUUAAUAUUGUGGGCUUUGUGAUCCCACUCUGUGUAAUUACCUAUUGUACCAUGCAAAUCAUCAAAGCUUUACGAAGUAAUGAGUUACAUAAACUCAAGGUAAUCCAGACAGAGAGGAGAGCCACCAUGCUGGUCCUUACUGUGCUUUUGCUGUUUGUUAUUUGCUGGCUUCCAUUUCAGAUCAGCACAUUCAUUGACACAAUCUCUUACCUAGCAGACACUUUCCAAUGCCUUGAAGACAUCAAUGAAAUAGUGACCCAGGUAGCAACAUACUGUGCCUUUAGCAACAGCUGCUUGAACCCAGUCCUGUACGUUAUUGUAGGGAAGCACUUCCAGAAGAAGGCUGUGGAAUUCUAUACGGACUUGUUCCCAAAGGGGUGCAGAAAAUCACAGUCUGUGCAGAUGGAAAACUCCCUGGACACUUUAAGAACUUCUAUUUCCAGUGAAUGCCUAAAGAAAAAGUCUGUUUUCCCAUUACCACGAUAGCACAGUUCCUUCAUUACAGGAAAACAAACUUCUAACAUUUGCCUCCGCUAAUAUCCAUCUGCUAUGGGUCCUCAGCAUAAACAUGUGGUAGCAUUCAUCAUUUGUGGGGAACCAGUGGUUUGAUCUUAAUGCAACCUCCAUUUAGACAUCUGCUUCUACUGCUAUUGGACAUUUGUCAUGGUUCAACAUACACUGUGGCAUAUUUACAUUUUCAUGACUGGAUUAUAUUAGCUGGCUUCAUUGUUUGAAAUGUUUGUAUUUCUAAUGAAUACAGGCACCUGAAUGCACAUACAGUUCUCUGAAUAGGGCCACAGGAUAGGAGCUAUUGUCAGGAUUGUGUGACUGCUUAUGGUACCCAUACAGUUUGUAUGACUACAUUUUUGAUAGGAGGAACUCAUAUUUAAAUAAGUUUCUGGGAACUCUUGUAGGAAUAUCAUUCAAACUGAUUUUUAGGAGUUGCCAUCUUCCAUGCCGUUUCCUUUCUCUGCUCAGUCAUCCACAACAAUUUUAUUUGAUUGACAAACUGUGCCUUUUUGCAAGUGCUCUGCCUCUGCCAAGCAGAGGUUUAUGUCAGCCUUUAUGUGUGGAAUGUAACUUAAUAAAGGUAGUGGAAGGAAGGCUGCAGCCAGCUUCCUGAAGUGAGCUGAGUUUUCUUUGUAGCAGGAAAGUAUUUACCCCUUCUGCAAAGUUGCUGCAUUUACUAUGAAGAGCUCCCUUUGGGUGAGCGAAUGUUGCUUACAUUCAUACAUACACUUCAGCUCAGAGACUUGUUCUUUUAAUAGUCACAAACUAUAAUUAAUGUUUGUAGUGCUAUCUAAUGGAAACAUAAAUGCUCAGCACAACUGUUAUAACCUCACAAGAAGCAGAAACUGAGGCUAUGAAGGAAAGCAUCAUCUAUCUGCCUUAGAAAUCUAACUGAAGAUAAUAGGAGUUUUGAAUGUUCGGAGUAUGUAAAUGUGGCUUCUUUAGACUCUUGCAUUGGCUAAGUUUUCUCUGUAGAAUUAAUUUGAGUGAUAUUAAUAUAAAAUACCUCCUCCCAAAUUAGACUGGAUUUAUAAUCUAAAUUAUUUCUACACAAAAGAUAAACUGAUAGUGUACCAAAUUGUCAAUAUGCAUUUUUACCUCUAGAAACCUUGUUCUAAACCUGACUUGGAGAUGAUCUAACAGCUACUGAUAUUAACAGAGCCUUUCCUUUCUUUUCAAGGCACUGAAGGCUAAAGCCUUAUAAUUCCCAAGAGAAAUAGAGUUUGGUGACAUAAUUAAACUAUGACUGCUACUAUGAGUAGCCUUUAUCCAUCAGAGCUUGAACGGAACAGUAAAUCUAUGGGAAAGUUGUACUAAACCUUAAAAUAUUUAAACCAGGAAAACACUCGAGAAGUGUGCAAAUGUGCUAUGAAAACUGUGGGAUUUAGAAGAUUGCAGAAGAUUUAUAAGCAAUUUCUAUAGAUUUUCUUUAAUCAUCCAAUAUAAUUCUGUGUCAUAAAUCUUUUUUCAUUCUAUAUAUUGUCCAAGACACUUAUAAUAAAAUACAUCAAGGCUUUCUGUUAUCGCCAGUGUUAUCAGUAUUGUCUUAUAAAUGAGUAUGCUGUUCACUCAAACUUUAAAUGAAAGGAAUUCCAUAUGGUAGUUACGGGCAAUGGAAGAAAUGUUGACUGUCUGGUACUGAGGAGUAAAAUAUUUAAGUGUUAUGACAUGUCAAGAAUAUGACAUUAAUUUAAAUCAUGUAAAUACAUAGAGACAUUAUUUUGCUAUAUGGUAAGU